GAGGAGCUGCACAAGCGUCGCAAUUUCCUUGCAUCUUUCUGCAAGCUAGUGGUCUACAAUGUUCUAUCCACCAAUGUUGCUGCCGACAUCUUCAAACACUACGUGAAGUACUACAAUGAUUAUGGAGACAUCAUCAAGGCAACUAUUGGGAAGGCAAGGGAGAUCAACAAGGUGAAUUGUGCACGAACGAUGGCAUCGAGCCUCAUCAUGAUCUACCAGGAGAUCCACCAGAACGGCCAUAAAGUCUCCAGACAGUCGGAGGAAUUCAUCAGCCUUAAGGAACUGGCCAAGCGAUUUGCACUGAGCUUUGGCCUGGAUGCGGUGAAAAACCGAGAGGCGAUAACGGCUAUGCAUCGCGAGGGAAUCCUGUUUGCCGUGAGCAGCGGCGACGAGAACCCGGCAAUGCCAGCCGACCCAUCAUCGCCCCCUAACAACAUCUCCUUCCUUGAGAUCUUAACUGAAUUUACCAACAAACUCCUGAAGCAGGACAAGCGUGUUGUUCUUCUGUACCUGGACAAGCGCAUCACAGUGCCGGUGCCAUCUAGUCGGGGCGAGGACUGGCAGGCGCUGGUGACGUAUCGCAACAGCCUGAUGCAGGGGGAGACCGAUGCCCCUGCCGUGACCCAUCGCAAGGCCUACACCCGACGCAAGAGAGGCCAGCGUGAAGAAGAAGAAAUUGAGGAUGAGGAAGGAUCAGAGCUGGACUUCCAUCAGUGAGUCUGUUUUCCCCCUCUCGUCAUGCUGGCGUGCACUCGAGGCUUUGCACUGGAGGUUCCACAUGCAACCAUGUUGUUGUUAUCUGUGCUGGU